AUGUCAAAAAUCGUGGUUAGAAAACCCAAUUUUCUUAAAAGAUCAACAACUACCAAAUUCGAUGCUUCAGAAGAUGAGUAUUCACUUGAAAAUAUUCAAUUAGGUAUUGCCUCAGUUAAUUUCGAUAUUGAGAAAUCCAAAAUUGAUGCCAAAAAAUUACCAAAAGUAAUUCAUCAACCUGGUUUAAGAUUCAAUUAUUUAUCAUUAGCGAUUUCAGAGUCUGAAAUUACUCCAAUUAAAUACUUGCGUAAUUUACAUUCCUCUGAUCGUGCUUUAAUUGAAUUUGCAUGUGGGUUCAGAUUUGAAAUUUUAUCAUCAAUUGACAGAAUGGUUAAUUUUAUCAAUGGUUUAGGAAAUAAGAAAUAUGAGAAUAAGAAAUUUGGUCAAGAUUUUAUUUGUUUUAUUAUUGGAGAAUCAUCAAUGUUUAUUCAUGAUGAUGAUUCAAAAUUUGAUAAGGAUUUGAUUGAAGGAUUUUUAUAUUCUAUUUAUUCUGAUUUUGAUGUUAUUCAACUUGUUAAAAAUUUGGAAAUGAUAUUGAAAGGUGGUAAGUUCAAGGGAUUAAAGAAAGGGAUUAGUGAUUCUAUGGUUGCUGCUUUUAAUUUAUAUAUUAAUCCAUGUGAAGGAUUUGAAAAUGAUUUAAUUGCAAGAUUGAUUACUUUAUGGAUAUUUGCUUUAUUGAACAUUAACUAG